GUGCGAUGAUUUUUGCAAAAUGGGAUUUUUAUUUCCUAUUUGGGGCUGAAUAAGAAUUUGUCGGCCAACAAAUCAAUGUAUUGAUCAAUAAACUACGCCCAUAUUUGCACUUUGCACUUCAGCAAUUAUCUUUUUUUCCUGGCGUUAACCGUUCCUUCUUGAUGUAGGAAUGUAAACCCUAAACCCUACCAAACAAAUAUGAUCGCCAAAUUCAAAAACCACCAACGGUUCCUUUUCUCCACCUCCGCUUCCCGCCAAAUCUCCCCCCAUUUCAAAACCCAGCAAUCGACCAACGACUUCAUAAGCUCCCUCUGCAAGCAAAAGCAAUUCAAAGAAGCCCUAGACGCCUUCACCUCGCUCCAGCUCCAGUGCCCAAUUCGCCAGCUCCACCCCUCAACCUACACCAAUCUCUUCAUCGCUUGUUCUCAUCUCAGAUCUCUCCACCACGGCCGAAUGGUCCAUCGCCAUCUCGCAAUCUCCGAUCUUUACCCGGAUGUAAUACUCAACAAUCAUAUACUGAAUAUGUAUGGGAAAUGUGGGUCUUUGGCUGAUGCCCGUAAGCUGUUUGAUGAAAUGCUGGAUAGGAAUCUUGUUUCUUGGACCUCGAUGAUUUCUGGGUACACACAGAAUCAGAGGGAGAGUGAGGCUCUGGAGUUGUAUCUUGUUAUGAUUCGAUCUGGGCUGAACCCGGAUCAGUUUUGUUUGGGUAGUGUUGUGAGGUCUUGCUGGGGGUUGUGUAAUGUUGAGUUAGGAAGGCAGCUGCAUUGUCAGGUGGUGAAGUUGGAUUACGGGUCAGAGAGAAUUGUUCAGAAUGCGCUUGUCACUAUGUAUUCGAAGUUAGGGAGAGUUGGGGAUGCAUCUGUGGUGUUUGAGAGGAUCGGAGAAAGGGAUCUGACCUCGUGGGGUUCAAUCAUUGCUGGGUUUGCACAGCAGGGUUUUGAGUUGAAAGCCUUGUUGCUUUUUAAGGAAAUGGUUGGAUCUGGGAUUUUUGUUCCAAAUAACUACCAUUUUGGGAGUGUUUUCGGUGCCUGCGGUGGUAUUUCUCAUUUGGAAUUUGGGGAGCAGAUUCAUGGUUUGUGCAUGACUUUUGGUUUAGCGAGUGAUGAGGUUGUUGGGUGUUCAUUGAGUAAGAUGUAUGCUAGGCUUGGUAGGUUGGAUUGUGCAAAGAAAGCAUUUUGUCAAAUUCAAAGGCCUGAUUUAGUUUCUUGGAAUUCAAUUAUCAGCGCAUUUUCUGACAAAGGUUUUAUUAAUGAUGUAAUUUUCUUCUUUUCUGAGAUGAGGAGUCUUGGUUUAAAACCUGAUGAGAUCACUGUGCAGGGUUUGGUUCGUACUUGCGCAAUCUCUAGUUCCUUGACUCAGGGCCAGGUGGCCCAUUCCUAUGCUGUGAAGAUGGGUUAUUGCUCAGAUACUACUGUUUGUAACACUCUACUUGACAUGUACUCAAGGUGCUCAAACUUCUCUACUACUUUGAUUAUCUUUGAGGAGAUGAAUGCCAAUAGAGAUCUCGUCACUUGGAACACAAUUCUUUCUGCAUGUAUGCAACACCGACAACCAGAACAGGUGUUUAACUUGUACAAACUUAUGAGGAAUUCAAACGAGAUGGACCAUAUAACUAUAAGUAUUAUACUACGUGCUUGUGGGGAGUUAGCGUAUAUGCAAAUGGUGAAUCAGGUUCAUGCACAUGCCUUUAAAGUUGGUUUAAAGGAUGAUAUGAUGGUUAUUAAUUGUCUUAUUGAUACAUAUGCCAAAUGUGGAAGUUUGGAUGACGCCAGAAGAGUGUUUGAAUUUAUGGUCAGCAACCGUGAUGUGUUCUCAUGGAGCAGUUUGAUUGUUGGAUAUGCACAACUGGGACAUGGGGAGAAAGCACUAGAGCUCUUUACUCGUAUGAAAAUUUUAGGCAUUAAACCUAAUCAUGUCACCUUUGUUGGGGUUCUUACAGCCUGUAGUCGUGUUGGAUUAGUAGAUGAAGGGUUUCACUACUACAAAGUAAUGGAAACUGAGUAUGGGAUUGUUCCUACUAGAGAGCACUGCUCAUGUGUUAUUGAUUUGUUUGCUCGUGCUGGAAGGUUAGAAGAGGCUGAAAGAUUUAUGCACCAGAUGUCAUUUGAACCUGAUAUUAUAAUGUGGAAGACUCUGUUAUCAGCAUGCAGGUCGCACAAUAACAUGGAAAUUGCAAAGAGAGCUGCAGAAGGUAUUUUAAAGAUUGAUCCUUACAACUCUGCAGCUUAUGUUUUGCUAUGCAAUACUUUGGCUAGCUUUGGUUGUUGGGAUGGUGUUGCAAAAUUGAGGAGGUCAAUGAGAAGCAUUGGUGUGAGGAAAUCCAUUGGAAAGAGUUGGAUUGGGGUCAAGGAAGAGGUCAAAGUAUUUAUGUCAGAGGACAGGUCCCAUCUUGAAACAAAUGAUCUAUAUGUAAUUUUACAUGUUUUGUGUUUUGAGAUGGCAGAGUCUGGUUAUGAACCCAAAUCAUUUAGUUGGAAUGAAUGACUUGAAGCAGGCUAGAGUUAAUUAUUCACAACGCCAGCUUAUUCAGUGGCUUCUUGUGUUUGGAUGAAAGAUUAGAAGCAGGCUAGAGUUAUUAUUCAUAGCACCAACUUAUUCAGGGGCCAAUAGUUACGAAUGACAUGUUUUACUCAAAGAUGAGAUUCACACACAAGAAGAGGGUGAUGGGGAUCGAUGUGUUAGAAGAUGGAAACAAUACAGAGGAAAAGAUACAGUUCUCUAGCUGCAUGAAACUAACCAAAGGGUUCUCAUGUUUACAAUGCAAUAUCUUGGGUCAAUGUUCCUUGCCCAAGUAAGUGGUAAGAUAUUGGAUAUUGCCAUAUGCUAAUAUUAACAAGUUAUGCAUAAUGGUUCAUCUCUAUGGAUCUGCAUUGUAGCAUAAUGCCAUAACUAUGGAGGGUGGCUUUCGCUUUACUGACUGAUUUACUCAUGCUUGUUGGUUAUGAAAUCACAACCUCUGGUCGAAGAAGCUACUGAAUCAUCAUUUAUCGUGUUCUUCAUGUCCUUGGAGUUAUAAUUUAGUAAUACCUCUUAAUGCUGCCAUUCUACUGUCAGAAGGUAGUUGAAGCUAAAUAGCUUUAUAUUUUGCCAGCCAAAAGAAAGAAAUAUAUUGAAUAAUAGUUUGAAGGUUGAUCGUGGUUUUUCUUCAGAUAUUGGACGUAUGGAGAUGUAUGCUCUCUCUUUUGUUCAUCAAAAGUAACUCCGCUUCUCUGCAACUUAUACUCGCCGUCUGGGAUGCCAAACCUCCUUUCAAUGGGGACGCAACAGUGAAAUAGGG